AUGACACUUAGUUGGGCAACUACCUCAUUAACAAGAGCACUCAAGAUACAGUACCCCAUUAUUCAAGCACCCUGUGCUGGUCAUACAGGAGUCAAUCUAGUUGCUGCCGUUAGUAACGCGGGCGGACUGGGUUCUCUUGGCGCAGGCAUGAUAGCGCCAGGUCAACUACGUGAAAUGAUUCGCGAAAUACAGCAAAAGACAAAACAUCCAUUUAGUGUCAACCUGUUCUGUCGUCCAACACCACCGCCUUCUCAUGAAGAACUUCAACAUCAUUAUCAAGGAAGCGACGACGCUUUAAACGCUAUUCGUGUUGAACUAGGCUUACCUAUUCCGAAAGAGUAUCAAUUACGAUCUCCACCCUUGGAGGAACAAGUUCAGGUUCUGUUAGAUGAAGGUGUACCUGUUGUCUCUUACACAUUUGGUUAUUUGCCUGAAGCCAUCCACAAAAAGUUUGUUAAUGCAGGUGUCUAUUUGAUUGGAACUGCGACUACUGUCGGAGAAGCGAUCAUGCUCGCUGGCCUUGAUCCCUCUAGUCCGACACGCAAGGCGGAUGCAAUCAUCGCUCAGGGCAUUGAGGCAGGUGGGCACCGAGGCUCAUUUUUGGAAGGUGCACAAUUGUCUGUGCGCGAUUUAACCAGAAGUAUCAGACAAGCUGUAGGACCUGAAAUACCUGUUAUCGCUGCUGGUGGACUCAGUAACGGCCAGGACGUGGUCGAUGUUCUUCGUCUGGGUGCGGAUGGUGCUGCCUUGGGAACCUUGUUUAUGCUUUCAACUGAUUCUGCCACCCCCAAAGCCCACCGAGAAUACAUACUCAAGGCGGAUCAAAACCAGGUGGAGCCCACAAGAGUAUCACGAGUGCUUACCGGAAGAGCCGUUCGUAGCUAUCCCAAUGCCCUCAUGAAACGUCUAGAAUCAUUUGAUGUUCCAGGUUAUGAUAUUCAUUCAGCCAAGACAAAGGAUAUAGCUGCCUAUGCUGCUCAAAAGGGUAUUCCUGAUUAUAUGUGGCUCUUUACGGGUGCUCAUGCAUCUGAAGCCGCCAAGUACUCCGAGCAGGGCACAUUGUCAGCUUCUGAAAUACUCGGCAAGAUUGUAUCGGAUGUAAAUAAACAUAUAGCGUGA